AUGGUGGCCCAUUCUGAGAUUCUGUUGUCAAAGUGUGCUCAGUUUCGAGAGCAAGGUGAAUUUAUUGAUGUUCGUUUACAAGUGAACGAAGAAGUUUUCUCUGCUCAUCGCAUUGUGCUUGCCGCAAGCAGCGAUUAUUUUCACGCCAUGUUUGCUCAUGGAAUGAAAGAGUCAAACCGGGAAGUGAUCGAGCUCAAAGAUGAAAGCAUUUCAGCAGCUGCUUUGAAGAUCGUGCUGGAGUCCAUCUACAGCGGACACCUUCAAGUCAACGAUGAAAACGUAUUUGAAGUUCUUGUCGCAGCCGAUCACCUUCAAGUUAAAACUGUCGUUCAACAGUGUUGCGACUACUUGCAAAACCAGUUUGUUCAGCUUCGAUUUGAUGUGCAGAGAUAUUGUCAAAUCUGCAUCAUCGCUAAUCGACACGGACUGACAGACCUACAAGAAGCUGCACAAAGCAAGAUGGCGUCAAUGUACAAGGAAGUUUGUGAAAAAGAAGAAUUCUUGUCCCAUAUUGACGCCGAUCAGCUCUCACACCUUCUCAAACGAGAUGACCUGAGUGCUCCUUCGGAGACGUUCGUCUUCAAAUCCGUGAUGCAGUGGAUCAAACACAAGAAGGAAGCGCGAAUGCCAGUCGCGGCCAAAGUUAUCGGAGCAGUUCGUCUGGGGUUGGUAGACAUCAAGGAUUUGAUCGAAGAACUCGAAACCGAUGAGAUGCAACAGGUGCCAGAGAUUCACAUGCUUCUCCAUGAAUCGCUAUUACAUUUCGCCAGGCCUUCAAACAGUUCCAGCUUUGCUAAAGAAAAGGCACAACCACGAUCAACGGGUCGAGUAAGUUUAUAUGUUUUUACAAUUUUGUCUCAGAGGGUUUCGCCUUAAGGGGUCGGGGUGUCCGUAUCCUAGUUCGUUUUCACCCGUUUUGACCUUAACUUAAUUCCAAUCCUACUUUAUAGUUAGAGGCUAACAAAAAAUGUGCCUCCCCACGGAUCACCAUUUUUUGGACUGAAUUUCAACAAAUUCAUAAAAGAUGGGUGAAUUUUGCACGCAACCGCCUCAUUAGUAAUUCAAGAAACUUGUAAGUGCUCGGGCUACAGGAACGGGUCUUCGUUCUAGAUGAAUAUCUCAAGCAGCCUGGGCGCUAGCGAGACUCAUAAUCUGCAACCCGUUUUUGGUCGUAUUUUAUACACAAAUGGGGGGGGGGGGGUCAUUGUGCCAGGCGUUCCUAGCGGAGACCGUGGAAACUGGAACAAAGAAUCGUUGCGUGAUCGAAGUCACACGUGUUUAGGAAAGAUUUAAAAAUUUAGAGCUUUUCCGAAACGUGUUGGUCCACGAAUUCUAUCGCUUCAAACCGUUGAUUACUUUGGAACAAGUGAACACUACUGAGUAGUUGAAAAAAAAGAAAUAAGAAUCUUAAUUAGCAAACCUGCGAUGGUCGGUUGUUGUGAUGAGAAUGCCGUUUACUUUCGGCGAUGAUUGAAGUGACGUGCCGUGUUAAUCUUUUUUUUUAUCUCUGGCAAUGAUGUAAUUUCUCUGGAAUCGAGGCCCUUGAAUUUUUGUUACACGCGUAUAGCCUGCGACCACAUGGCGUAUUUCCGGUCGUCGCUAACACUCGGACUAAUCAAUUCAGAACCAAGUAAAAAGUAUCGACGUCGAUAAAGUAGGAAGUAAAAAACCUUUAGCGAGUAAAUGCUGUUUCGUGUAGAAUUAAUGACCUCCUCAUUUCUCGAUCUAAUCUCCAAGCAAGUGUCGCUGUAAGCGCGUUCUUGUUUUACAAAAAACGGUUACGGUAGGUCUUCGAUUAAAAUUCAUACUUGGUUCGAGGCUUGGGGGAAUAAAACAAAGGAAAUCUUUCAUUCAUCCCUGACCCUGAAAAUGAUUUAUUUUGUUUCAUUACCUCAAGCCUUGGAGCCAAGAAUGAUUUUUAAUAUCGAAAGUGGUCUAUUGGCUACAGAAUAAACUAUAAUGCAGUAUGGUUCGAAUCUUUCUCGUUUUUGCCGUCGUCCGUCCUCUUGUGGCUGUUCAUGAAAACUGCUAUUGAUCGCCAUAACAAAACUAGAACAUAGAACCUACGAGAAGGGAAUACUACUGAGUGCAAAAUGGACAACAGCGAGACAACCUGACAACCCCCCUCCCCCCACAUCUACAUGGACUUAAUCAAUUAAUAACUUGUUAGCCAUAUGUGGUUAGCAAUUUUUUUGUUGUUUUUAAUUUUAGUUAUUUGGAAAUAGUUGAUGUAAUAUUUACUGUAUAAGACUCCAAAUAAAAAACAUGUAUGUAUGUACUGGUAUGUACAGGUAUGUGUCUAAGUGUACGUUAAUAGUACUUAAGGUGAUUCCCUGGUUUUGCACUGCGCAUCUCUUACUGCGCAUAACAAGAUGGCCGCCGUUAAAAAAGAGCAUGUGAAAUCACAUUGUUAAUUGAAGUUGACUGAAGAGAAACGUUAUUGGAAUUUUUGCUUGGGGUUGUUUCUUGCCGAGGUGAGACUCAAUGAGUUGGGAAUGUAAUGUGCAUAACGUAAGCAGUACGCUUGUUGCUGAAUUCGACUUCCACACGGAGAACCUCGAUAGUGGAUGUUUUUAAACUUGUGCUUUCUCACUUUGAUUUUCAUUUAAACGCUUUGUUUAUCACAUUGUGUUCUAAAUAUGAUAUCUCGAUAAAAAAUUCUGAAAAAACGGAUUUUUUAAUACUUUCUUCCCCCUUUCACAUACAUUCUAUUUUGAAACUCGCCCCAGUCCUCUCUCAAAAAUCUGAGAAAAUGCAUUUGGUGCGCACUUUCCCGCAGCUCUACCGCAAAAACGAGUACGGUGACCCCCAUUUUUUAUUUCAUGAGUUUAUUAAGGACAGUGCUUCCUUUCGAUAAGAAAAAAAUUGGCUCAAAUCUAUGUUCAGUUUUUUGGCAAUUUUACUAAAUUGUACGGAUUGAGCUAUCACGGGUCGAAUAGCGCGUGUCCGAUUUAAUUCUACUUUGGAGCGUAAAGUAAAAACAGGGGCAUUAAAAGACAUUUUUCUGGUACGUAAGUGGAUAAGCAAUACAUUAAAGUCAAAUUCUGUGCGAUACCACAUGCAUCAUCGAACAAAUCUCUCCGUUUUGUCUAGUUUUGGGCUGCGCGCGGUUUUUGUCAAAGGGUUCUAAAUAGGCGUAUUUGUCAGCAUUGUGACGUCAAAACGAGCACUGUGACCCCCACUUUUUAUUACUUUUUUUAUCAUCUUUUUGUCUUGUUACAUCAGUGUACCAAGUUUCAUCUACAAUCUAUGUUAGGUUCUUUUACCAAGGAAUCACCUUAGUGUUCAAAGUGCCGGGAAGCAAGUUAAAUGAAAGACCCUCGAGUUCGUUGCCUUUCUUUUAAUUUCGGUGUUAUCGUCUUUGUAAAUCUUAUUUAAAAAAACCUUCCUCCUACAUUUCCAAAAAUAUUUACCAUUUACCAACGUUUUUACAUUUUUUUUCUUGCUAUUUUAGGUCAUUGUUGCUAUUCAUCCUAAGACUCAUAUGAUGUACUUUGAUAUUGAAGAGAAACAGUGGAAGCAACUUUCAUCCUUGGCACCAGCAACUAAGAAUGCAGUGAAAUGUCACUGUGCCGAGACUGUUGGUGGUGAACUCUUUGUUGCUAUUGAUUCCUGUAUUUAUUGCUAUGACAUAGAAACAGAUAGGUGGCAAAAGCACGAGGAUCCACCACACAAAAAAAUCAGCAGCCUGAGCACUAUAGGCGAUUACAUGUAUGCAAUCAGUUCUAAAAGCAAAGAGGUAACUCAAAGGUAUAGCUUUCCAAAACGAAAGUGGCAAAGUUUUGAAAGAGCAAGCGAUGCUUUUACAAAAUGUUUAGACUAUUAUGAGUACUAUAACUGUGGGACAACGGCUCUUUGUUCAAAAGUGUACGCACUAUAUGGGCAUAAAGAGCGAGAGCCCUUGUCAGACCAUUACCAAAUACACACCGCAGUGCUUCAUUGUUUUGACCCAGAGAGCAAUAAGUGGCAUGAAAAAACAUCAACUUGCCGUUCUCACUUUGGGUCUAGUCUUUUUGUAGUCAAUGGUAGACUCUAUGUAGCAGGGGGUUAUGAAAAUAUUGACAGCCCCUUCGCUAACCCUGCACCUGUAGAAGUUUACGACGAACACAACAACAAGUGGUCGGUUGUUGAACAAAAACGUAUUCCCAAAAACAACCUUGGUGCAGUGGAAAUAGAAGGGAGGGUUUACUUCAUCAUCAACAAAUUUCCAAUUGACAGUGGCAUUAGAAUCCCACCAGAAGAGGUGUAUCCUGUUUAUCUGGGGGACUGGAAAAAUUUAGGAAACGUUGCCAACAAUGCAGCCCUAUGUUACGUACCUUUAAAAAGGGAGAGCUUUAAAGCGGACUAA